AUGUCGUCUGUGUCGCCCCACACAGCCCUGCGGCCCUUGGACGAUCAGGAUCAGGACGGCUCGGAGACCAAGGGACAGCCACCGACUGAGACACCCGCCGGCCUGGACGCACCUCAGACAGGAUCGAGCCGCGGUAGUAGACAGCCUGCAACCGAAUUCCUUCGGCGCUCGAACAUUGAGCUCAACUCGUUACCGCGCGAGUACCUCGAGUCGUACCCAUACCCCGCGUUCGUCCUCACCUGUGCCGUACCGCCCACUGCAUCCCUCGUUGCUUAUCCUCUGAAUGGUGUCCUAUGGUGGGGUCCAGAGUUCACCAUGAUGUACAACCAGCGCUUUGCAGAUACCGUGGCGCUCAACCAUCCUCAAGGAUUUGGUAUUUCUGGAACGUCUGCAUGGAUGGAUAUAUGGACCUCUCUUGGCCCACUGACCGAUGUUGUUGUCAAAGGCACCCCGGUAUUCAGGCAUGAUGUCUUCCAGUUAGCCCAACAAAAGUUAUCGGGCGUUCUCCGUGAAUCAUAUCGACACCACCUCUGGAUGCCCGUUCGCGAUGACGAUGGGUCGCAGGGCGGCCUCUUCCACGGCCAGAUGGAUGUGACCAAGCAUGUCAUCAGUGAACGCCGAACGACUCUGGUCAAGGUCCUGAGCGAGCGAACAGGUUCUGGACGAACUGUGGCCGAGUUCCAUGACAGCAUCUUGGAGACUUUGCAAGACCAUCCCAAGGAUGCACCAUUUGCCUUGCUGUAUGACAUCCAUCGAACUGUUGAUCCUGGUUACCUUGUCCACCGACGGUCCUCAGCCUCGACUCACAGUAGCGAUGAACCUCAAUCCCAUGUUCAGCUCCGGUACGCAGGUGGAGUGGGUAUCCCGGAUAAUCACCCAUCGGCACCGCAGAUGGUCGACUUGUUGUUACCAUCAAGUCGCGAUCAGACCAAUGCGAUGCUUGCGCAGACAUUCAGCGAUCCAACCCUCCAGCACAGCACCGGAGACUCUACACCUUCUAGGUCUGCGACUUGCGCCGAGACCCCCACUCUCCUUGCCGAGGGCAAGUCGGACCAGUGGCCAUUCCUCGACGCCCUCAUAUCUGGACGUUGUGUCAUCGUUGAGGACUGCAUCUCGCUCAUCCAAGGCUACCCGGUGCGCGUCUGGGACGAACUUGCCUCCUCGGCCGUUGUUAUUCCCAUCAACUCAAACCGGGACAAGGACUUCCCUACCGCCAUCCUUAUUCUCGGACUCAGUUGCCGACUGGACUUUGACGAAGACUACGAGGCAUUCAUCCACCUUCUUAGGUUCCAGAUGUCAAUCCACCUGAGCGCUAUGCAGUCCAUCCAAGACGACAAGGAUCACAUCGAGGAACUCGGCAAGCUCGAUCGGGCAAAGAGCACGCUCUUCUCGAACGUAUCGCACGAGCUCAUCACACCGCUCUCCUUGAUUGCGGGUCCGCUGGAUGACGUGCUCAUGGAUACUCCCUCCGGCCCCAAACGCGAUUCUCUGAUUAUGGCCAGAGGCAACGUCCGCCGUCUCACGCGCCUCGUCAACAUCCUCAUGGAUGUGAGCAACUUGGAAGCAGGCCGUUUGAAGGGCACGUUCAGCCAGAUAAAUCUCGGCAUUGUCACUCGAGAUGUGGCUGGUCUCUUCCGCAAAGGUGCCGAGGCAGCCAAGCUCGAAUUCAUUGUCACCUGUGAUAUCAAGCUCCACGACGUCUAUGUCGACCGUGAGCGAUGGGAGAAGAUCUUGUUCAACCUUAUUGGCAACGCGAUAACGUAUACGGCUGAAGGCUCUGUUCACGUUUCUCUGGCCUACUCUCCUACAGAUGCUGUUUUGACGGUUGCAGACACCGGUGUCGGCAUCCCUUCGUGCGAUCUUGGACUUGUUGGCCACCAGUUUUACCGUGGCCAGACCCAGGUCCACGAUGGCACCGGUAUCGCUUUGACGUUCACAAAGAAACUCAUUGAGAUGCACGACGGCACACUUGAGAUUGAGAGCAAGACUACAGACGAGUCUGCAGAUGGAUCCCACGGCUCGACAUUCCGUGUCCGUAUUCCACUUGGCAGAUCGCACCUGCCGGCUGAUGCCAUUGACACGUCCCGUGGCGACGUAUCGCCACAUCCACAGGGACCGUCGAUGGAAGAGUACACGGAGUGGCAUUCCGAAUGGGAGAGCACGGCCGAAGGCACCUCAGAGUCAUCCGCGCCGACAGCUACGGAGACAUUGGCAAAGUACCGUGGCAUCGAUCCCAGCACGCUAUGGUUCAAACAGGAGGACGUGAUUAUGGUGGUGGAUGACUUGCCAGAUACGCGCCGUUACCUCCGCUCACUGUUCGAGCCAUUCUGCAAGGUUGUCGAGGCCAAGGAUGGGCAUAGCGCUCUGCACAUGUUUGACGAGACAAAGCCCGACCUCAUCAUUGCCGACGUCAUGAUGCGGAGAAUGAGUGGCUUCGCUCUACUGAGUGCCCUACGCUCGGGUACAAGAGAACAACAAGUCGUCCCAUUCAUCAUGCUCACAGCAAGCGACGACACGCGGCCCGAAGGCGCCUUUGGUGCCGACGACUAUCUUUCCAAGCCGUUCAACGCUCGCGAACUCAUUGCGCGCGUACACAUGCAGUUGCAACUUGGAAAGAAACGCCGCGCUCUUGAGGACCUGUUUGACGAGCGCGCCUCGGAACUUCGGCUGCUCACCGAUCUGUCACCGGUUGGUAUCUUCCGCUGCACAUAUGACGGCUACGUGUCAUACGCCAAUGCGGCGUGGUAUGAGAUGUCAGGAUACCCCGCCAACUUGCCAGUCACCAACUGGGGCGACUACAUCCGGGAAGACCACCAGGCGCGAGUCCGUGCGAUCUGGGAGGCCUACAUUCCAUCUGGCGAAUCCACUGUCGAGGCUGAGUGGCAAUGGUCCAACGACCGCUGGAUGUCGGUCAAGGUCAUUAGACUGGACAGCGAAAAGGGCGAUGCGGGAAUUCCUAAACGUGGCUUUGUUGGCUGCUCGGUGGACAUUACAGAGCGCAAACUCAACGAAGAGAUGCAGCGGCAGCGUAUAGUCGACGCGGAGCAGAGGCGCGCAGAGGCCGAAGAAGCGAAGGCCCAGCAGGAACUGCUUAUCGACUACUGUUCUUCGCUUGUGCGGUCCAACCUGCUCGUCCUGCAGGAGCAGCUGAAGCAGGCAAUGGAGGACAGCCGGCCAUUCGAACCCACCGGCCAGCUCCUCGCCACGAUUGCCGAGGAUCUCGAAGCCCUCGACAGCAUCUACCAGUGUGGUCUCACGCAAGAGCGAAUUAGCAACGACGUGCUCUCCCUCGGCAAAAUCCAGCUCGACAUGUUGCAGAUGUUCGAUGUCCAGAUCGAUGUCCGCAAUGAGGCGCAAAAGAUCAUUGCAGUCUUCCAGAACGAAGCGAGGAUGAAGCGUAUCUCCCUCUCUCUCCACAUUUCGGAGUCGUUUGAGAGCUUGGGCAUCACGAACAUCAUGACAGACCCGGUACGACUGGGACAGAUCCUUACCAAUCUCCUCUCGAAUGCGAUACGCUUCACGGCAGCGAGCAAAACUCGCCGCAUCGAACUUCGCCUUGACAUCGGCCUUCAACCUCCCGAGGAUGGCACCUGCACUAAGCCCCUUGCCAUGCCAGUAUCGCCUCUGGAAGUGACCGAGCAGACCGAGAUCUACGUUUUUGUCUCCGUCUCGGACACGGGCCCAGGCAUGACUGACACCGAGCUUGCGACCCUAUUCCAGCGCUUUUCACAGGCGUCGGCCAAGACACACACGCUCUUCGGCGGGUCGGGUCUGGGCCUAUUUGUCUGCCGCCAGCUCACCGAGCUCAUGGGUGGUCGAAUCGAGGUGGUUAGCGAACACGGGAAGGGCUCGCAGUUCCACUUCUUCAUCCGCACCCACCCGUCAUGGAAUACGACCAAGGAGGAGAACAGAGUCACGCAUGAAACCCCCAGGAACCUGCUCACGCUCAAACCACGCGUCCUUGUUGUCGAGGACAACAUCAUCAACCGUACCGUCCUUCUCCGUCAGCUCAAACAUGUGGGCUUUGAAGUCGAAUCUGCAUGCAAUGGCCUGGAGGCGGUGACGAUGGUUCGGAGAGCUAUGACCGUGGACCCCAGGGUGCCGCAUAGCCCUCUGCACGACACCGCGGACAAGUGGUCUCGUGGCGAAGAAGAGCCCCCCGCAGAAGAACUCUUGCCCACCGCGCCGUACGACUGUGUGCUCAUGGACCUCGAGAUGCCCGUCAUGGACGGGUACGCAUCGGCACGCAGAAUACGUGCUGCCGAGACACAGGGCAAGCUUUACCAUUCCAACAUCAUCGCCCUUACCGGUAAUGCGAGGCAGGUACAGAUUGACGAAGCCAUGGUCGACUUUACGGACGUGGUUGUCAAGCCCUAUCGCCUAGACGACUUGCUGCACAAGAUUGAAGAGAUUAUGGGGAGGCACCAGGAGGAGGUGGUUGCCGAAGACCCCAAACCGCGCCGUCCAAUGCUCACGAAACGCUAA